AUGAAUUUGGCUUUAUUAUUCUCCCUCACGAUGCCUCCCAAAAAGGGCCCGCGUAAAUCGAUGCCUGCGCGCAUCAAUAGAGCGCCUACGCUGACACCUUCCCGGCGCUCCGCACGAGCGCCUCCCCCGCAUAAAAGCCCUGGGGAGAGCUCCCCACCCUCCAAAACGCUGAACAUCGCAACCGCCUCCCCGCAAGACACUUCAAUCAACUUUCGUUUCUACACCCCAAAAUCAGCCCCAAAGAGUACCGUCAUGGCGGAACCUCCUCCAGAAACACCUUCCUCACGCCGGCGGGCCUUUAAAUUACGCCCAUCACGUCUGUCGACCGUUCAUACUCCCGCCGCAGAAACCCCGGCUACCAACAACAACAGUCGGCGUACCAGGAGAUCCGCUGCACUUGAGACACCCAAAAUGGAAGCCAAAGCAGCCUCCGACCUCGAAAUCCCAGAUAGUGUUGAGAGUUCCGAGUCAAACUUCGAACUGUUCGCGGGAAAUGUUGGGACGAAAGGAAAUAAUCUUGGGACGAAAGGAUACACCGACGCACUAUCAAGUCCUACUUCCACACCAGACAUGCGCAACUCAUCUCGGGUUCGCAAGCCCACCAGAAGAGCCAUCGAGUCUCUGGAAACAUCCAAGAAGGGACCUCGUCGCAAAAAUACACCUGCUAUUGUUCCGACCGUGGAAGAGGGCGCCAAAGCUGUGAAGAACAAUGUCCCCAAGAAGCCUGCUCAAAAGACCAGAACCUCCAAGAGGAUGGCCAACUCUAACUUGCGAAAGGACGAUGAAUCUGCUGACCCGGAAGCUGAGAUUCGGGCCGUUGCAAAACUCAUGUAUGAUCUCGUUGUCAAAGCCCACAGUCCCGACUUUGUUCUUCGUCCCGACUACCCAGAGUUCAUCGCCAAACUCCGCGCCGACUACUACCGCAGCCGAGACCAAGACAAGCUUGUUGCCGCUGCGUCGACGGAUCAGUCCACUGGUUCCAAUGACAUCGACAUGGUAGAUCAGGAUACUUCAGAUGUGCCUGAUAUCACUCUCACUCCGUUCGCCCGAUCUCUCACUGACACAACUGAUGCGGGAAUAUUUGGCUUCAAGAAGCGAUCUGAAGCGAAGGUCACUGACGAUGGCUGGGUCGAAAGCGGUCACUUCAAUCAUCUAGGCGAGGAGAUCUCCAUCAUCCCUCCCGAUUAUCACCCCCACGUCGCUGUCCACUCUUACGGCUACGAGGGCUUGCCCUGGCCACCAGUGCGGGCACGAUCCACUGGACAGGCCACAAAUGAGUACUCUCACGGUUUCCCCCCUCUUCUGGGUAACCGCAACAUCCCUGCUAUGGGCCUAGGCCCUUUCGUCCUUGAAAAUGUCAAGGAAGAGCAAGCUAAAAUACUUGCAAAUGCUCCUCCUGCAGCUCCGGCUGCCAAGGAUAAGAAACCCCGGGCGCGCAAGCGCCGCCACACCGAGGCCAUCUCGGGUGGCACAAACAGCGAAGAGGCUUCUGCCUCCGCCCCAGCCCAAACCCCUGCCGCCCCCGGCGAGCGCAAGUCACAGCGCCGCCGCCGCCAAACUGCCCCGGCUCCCGCCAACAAGGCCGAGCCAUCCUCUACUCUCCUGGUUGCCGCCGCCGAGCCUGCCGCCGCCGAGCCUGCCACCAAAAGCGACAAGCCCAAGGUGCAGCAGCGUCUGCGACUGACUCUCAAGCCGGCAAAGGCCGAUUCCCCCGCGGGCGCCUCUGUUUCCGUCGAGGCCCCCGCCGAGCAGCCUGCCUCCCCCGCCCCUUCCAGCGCCGCCUCGCCCGCGAAGCGCCGUCGGCGCCGGGGCUAA